UAAUCAAAUACAACCACUGACUGUUUCCUCAUUGCUGGUGCUCUAAGAUGGCAACUCAGCCGCGAAUGCCAAUUGAAUCUCAACAAGGAAAACAUCUGGGGUUGUAUUUGAUUAACGUUUUAUAAAAAAGGUAUGGAUUUCAGCAAAGAAAUGCACGCAACAAAGGACAAACAUAGGUAGGCCUACAAGUCACUCAGGAAAGUACCAGCCCGACCCGCCUCCUGUCCUGGACAGCUACAGAGGAACACAGAGCAGAACACAGACAUAAAGACGUCCUCGUCGGAUACAAACGCAACACACACAGCAGUGUUCUGAGGUUUCACGGCAGAGGAAGCCAAGAGGACAAACACACACAGCGGCUCCAUCUCUCUCUCUUCCUGCACUCCCUCUGCUGCAUCUCAGGGGACUGAGGUUGCUCUACCCGAGCCUCUCUCCCCCCCACGGCCGGACGCUGCAGAUUGAUGAUGCCGCAGCAGUCGAUGGAUCGCUGUGAGGUUUCAGAGAACUGCCACCAUCUUAGCCCGGGGGCCCAGGGGAGCCAGCGGCGCCUGGUCAGUGGACUCCUUCUCUGGGUCGGUCUCCUCACCGUCAGCCACGUGGUCUCCAUCACCCUCCUCGUCAUCACCAGGCCACACGCACUGCCUCUGCCAGAAAUAGUUUCAGCUCCAAAACCCACAGCAGACACAUCUCCGAGCAUACCCCUGGAGCCACAAAGAGUGCCAUGGCAAAUGCUCACCUUUGAACCCACAAGUAUAGGCGAUAAUGAUGUCUCGGUGGUGAGAAGUGUGAUCAAGUGGAAGACGCAGUCCAAGGCGAAUCAUUUUGUCUCCCUAAAGGACGGAUCCCUGACCAUCAACCAGGAUGGUUGUUACUUCCUGUAUCUUCAGGUGACUCUGGAGACACCAGAGGUGUCUGGACAGCAUAUAGUGAGAGUGAACAAGACCAACAGAGUCCUGCUGGAAGUAAGGAUGACCAACACCUCCCUCAGCACAGGGUUCCUUGGCAGGGCUGUGGAUCUAGCAGCCUCUGACAACCUCACAGUCACUGUCUCCCCUAUUGCCAGGAUCAACACCACCUACACUGCCACAUACCUGGGCAUCAUAGGUCCAAAAUUAUACCUGUAGAUUCUAUUGGAUAUAGACACUCCUGUCUUCAUAGACACAUGCUGGGGGCUAGAUCUGGGAGUCAUUUGCUAGGGGUUGAUUGAAUAGAUCCUGGGGAUCUGGAGUUAACUGGGACCAACCCAUCAUCCCACCACGUGUCAGAGAGAUGGAGUAGUGGGGAAGACCAUGUGGGAGACACCGUAUAUUUGACUGAAACUGAUUCAGUCCGACUCCCUGCUCAUCACAGAAGAUUAUUCCACUCCUUUAUACUCAGUUAAGAACAAAUUCUUAUUUACAAUGAGGGCCUACCAAAAUGCAAAAGGCCUCCUGCAGGGAAGGGGGAUUAAAAAUGUAAAAUAAUAAUGUGUCUUGUAAUGUUGGAAAAAUAUGUUUAAAAGUAUUGGUCAUCAUGGGUUAUGGGUUGUACUGUUACUUUAGCAUUUUUCUCUCUUGGAUGAAAUAGCACUGUUUUUAUCGCUCAGGAUUAUAGUUAGUAUGUUUUUCCAGUAGAUAUUGUUUUUUAAGCUAUAAAUGAGGGGAUUGUCUUAUCAAGUCAUGUGCACAGGGUUGUUGAGAGAAUGCACAGUAUCAACUUAUCUUUAAUGUUUACUUUAAUAUUUGCAUAUUGCUUUGUAUUUAAAAUUUUCGUUUUUUAACCUAUUUAUGUCUUAUUACAAUAUUAUCUUAUUAUUAUUUUCUUCUUAUUUAUUUUCUAUAUCUAUUUUGAAGGACAUGUUGAGUAUGUUGUAGGAUGAGAUGUAGAGAUAAUCAAUGAAUGUAUGUCACUAACCAGGUUUCCAUUCAAUCGUUUUAUGUUUCGGUAAACCUUCCAAAUGUAGACAAAGUAAAAUACGCUAUAUAAGGUGGGAUCUUUUUGUGUCGGUAAAAUUAGUUAUGCGAGAAAUGGCAGUGGAAAUACCUUUAUGCGCAAAUAUUGAUGUAAUAACCAUCAUAUCGAAGUAAACUUGGAGUCACGCCAUGAUAAAUUGUGUGGUUCUCCCACUACGACAGGCUACAGAUUAAAUACAUUAUGAUGAACUUCACAGAGGGGUGAAUGUGCAAGGUGAUGCUCCUUUCCAAUACAUAUCGAGGGUCUUCUUCUGGUGAUGAUGAUCGAUUAUUGGCUGCCUUUUGACAAAUACAAAUAAUAUUGCUCUUAUCCAAUAAUCGCAUAAUGUUGGUAGCCUACCGCACUGUAUCUGCGAGCUGUUGGCUAGAGCGCAUGUUCCAAGAUCAGAGUACACACUUCCUACUCCAUCAGUAGAGCUGAAAAUGCGAUGGAAACCCAUUUUUCAUUCGGUAGGCUACAUGGGAAUUUAACGGCAGAAGUUAUUUUUAUCUGCACUACGUCCUCAAGCACAGCCUUUUACCCAUACAAAGUAUGUUUGAUGGAAACAUCCCUGGCGGGGGAAUGCACAUAUCAUUUUAGCAGAUUUUAGAAUAUUAGCAUGAAAAUCUAUCGCAAAUUGGAUGGAAACCGACUUUAUAGCGCCAAAUAAACUAGGAUAAAAUGUACGUUGUUACGAAUUCCACAACUGAAGUUCCCGCUGGGAAACAUGAAUGUAAUCUACUAUAUUAAGAAAGCACUGGAUUUUUUUUCUUCUCCAAACAAAUAAAUGAAGUACAGUA